AUGGGCCCCCCAAUUCUCCAGCUCCUCAAGACCUUGAUCGACCCCAGGGUGUCCAAGAAAAUGAUCCUCCAAAUGGCCUAUGGCCAACUCAAAAUGGUGGGAUUAGCCAAAGUGUUAUCACUUCUACUCAGCUCCAGUAUUGUGGGUGUUUCCAGUAUCAUCAAGAUCCCCCAGAUCAGAAAGAUCAUUAACCCGAGGCUCUUGGACCAGCGGAUCCUGGUGGCCCAGGGGUUGUCCUUAGAAGGCAUCAGUUUGGAGUCUUUCAACUACUUGAUCCAUGUGAUCUAUAACCAACAAAACAACAACCCGUUUGUCGGAUAUGGCGAGGCCCUCUUGUUGGGCUUGCAGAACAUAGCCAUAAUUUUGCUCAUUGAGUACUACAAGGCUAGAUCUAAGUUACGGGUGACGGAUUUAGCAGAAAAGGAGCAAAUUAACGAAGCAGUGGCCCAAUUGGCCCGUCCAGUGGCUAUAGUGAUCGGGGCCGUCGUGCUUUUGGCCAAGGUUUUGCCUUCGUCCGCUAUCAGUGGGUUACAGCUCUUGAGCAUUCCAUUUUCAAUUGCUUCGAAGAUCCCACAGAUCAAGAGAAAUCACGACUUGAAGUCCACCACCCACUUGGCGUCAGUUACCAUCAAUGCCAACGUGUUGGGGUCGUUGAUACGGGUGUUCACAACUGUUCUGAACUUUGACAAGCUUGGAAGAGACUAUAUUUUGUUGGCAGGCUACACAAGUUCGUUUGCGCUCAAUGCGGUAUUGGCAGGCCAAUGCUAUAUCUAUGGGAAGGCUGAUAAAAAACUGGAGUAG